AUGAUUGAUGAUCGAACUCUUCGCGCUUAUUUACGAAAUAAUUCAGCAUGGAAUCUAGAUGAAAGUGCACCAGGACCACCAAUGGAUCAGUAUAAUUUAUCAUCAAGUGGUCAUGGAGAUCGAUUUCUUAAUAGUAGUGUUCAUUUUCCAGCUGAAAUGAGAUCAGCAAAUCUUAAUGAAAUGGUAUCAAGUAUUAUUGAUGAAAAUUCAGAAUAUCAUCAAAAUGGAAUGUUACCAACAUUUCCUCAAUAUCAAUCAGCAUCAAUGAUGAUGCCACCUGCUUGGGCGAAUGAUGGACAGUCGGAAUCGCAUAUGCAAUAUAUGCAACAAAUUCGAAAUAUUCCACCUCGACAAGCAAAAUAUCUUUCUUCAAAUCUUUCAGAAAGUGGUCAUCCACGUAAUAUUCCUGAUUCAUGUUCAAUGCAUCCAAAUCCUCCGAAAGAUAUACACGUCUUAAUUCGUAAAGUUGAUCAUACUGGUAUCAAUCCUCAUAUAACAAAUAUUUCAUUACAACAAUUUCGUCAGAUGAUCGGUUUACAAUAUAGUUCAGGUAUAAGUGAUCGACGUAUACCGUCAUCCGUACGUACAUCAGAUAAUCGACGUCCAUAUUCAUCAACAAAUUCUAAUCCUAAUCAUCAACCAUUAUCAUCAUCAUCAUCAAGUUCAUCAUCAUCAGUACCAAUAUCAAAUACUCGUAUAAUAAAUGGUUUUAAACAACGAACACAAGAUCCAAUGUUUUAUUCAAAUACUGAUCGACAACAUUUACCAAUAUCACCUCAUGAUCCAUUAUCAAUGAAUUUUUCUGGUGCUAAUAAUACAUCAACAAUAAAUGAUACUAAUUUAACAUCACCUGUAACUACAUGUCAAGAUAUUAGUUAUUUUCGAUCUAACAGACGAACAGGUGUUGCUAAUACAUUACAUAUUGCUAUUGAAAAAUGUUAUGAACAAUUAAAUUAUAUUCGAGAUAGUUAUGCAGAAACGGAAUCAAAAAUUGGACUUCAAACUUUACAUAAAUCACCUUCACCAUCAUUGAUGAAUGAUUUAACAAAUUCAAAUUUUUCAACUUUAUCAAAUAAUCCAUCACGUGUUGAUCGAUUAAUUGCUGAAUAUCAUUAUGAAUAUACUCGAAUACUUCGUUUAUAUGAACGAAUUAAAGAAGGUUUAAGUAUUCAGGAUAUUGAAGCAACAGGACAAACACUUGAUGAAUGGUUAAAUACAAUAAAUAAUGUUCAAGAUCGUCGUCGACAAGAAAUUGAUAAUGCAGCUGAAAAAUGUCGUUCAGGUGAACCACGUUUACCUGAUGAAAAAGAUGUUUUACAAUUAGCUGAAGCUUUACGUAUAUUACGUAUAACAACACGAAAAAUUCGAACUGUUCUUUGGUAUUGGUUAUAUUGGUCAACAAAUUCUAUGACAAACAAAAUUCCAUUAGUUGCACGUCAACAAGAAGAGCAAUCGAAUGGCGAAUUUUAUCCAUCACCACAAAAUACAUUUAGUUUAUUCUAUCCUGCGACAAAUAAUGAAGAUGAAACAGCAGCUGCAUUAGAAUCUGAUGAACAACGAAAGCUUUUAUUCAAAACUUCAGCAUCAACAAACGAAAACAAUAAAGAAAAUGAAUGUAAUCAUUAA